CUUCAAAUGUUCCGUACAUUACCGACUAAAAAAAUCCACUACUUUCUAGUUUCAAAAUUCGUUUCUCUAUCUAGAGUUUAGAGAGAGAAAGUUUGCUAGAGACAUACAGAUAUGGAACAAGGAGAUGCCAAAUCACCCUCCAAUUCACAACAAACCGUUUCUGAUGACGAUGAGAUUGACUACUCGACUAAACCUGAGUUUUAUGAUCCUGAACUUGAUGAUAAGGAUGAAAAAUGGAUUCAUAAAAAAAAACAUGGAUGUGACUCUGAUGCCGUGCUUUGCUGCCCUGCUUGCUUCACCACCCUCUGCCUAGAAUGCCAAAGGCAUGAGAAAUAUUUGACCCAGUAUAGAGCAAUAUUUGUUGUAAACUGCAAGAUUGAGAAUAAACAAGUUCCGAGGCAAAGUAGCUCAAGUUCAAGAUCAAGAAAAAGAAAUAGAAGCAACGAAGCAUUUGAUGGGAGCGAUGCGGUUUCAACUAGUAAUGAAACAUUAAAGCAAGUCUGCUGCUCGAUUUGCUCGACAGAGGUAGGUGUCAUUGAUGAAGAUGAGGUUUAUCAUUUCUUCAAUGUUCUCCCUAGUGAAUCCUAACUUAUUCAAAUGUAUCCUGCCAAGCAGUGGUUAAAUUUUGUUGCUCAAUCAUUCUGCUGGAAUGUGAGUUUCACUACCUUGUAAAAUUUAAAUUCAGAAAUAGUUGCUGUCAGUAUCUCUUUGUUUAGAUCCAAGAGAACACAAUUCUCCCACAUUGAAAAUAUAUUUUCUCUCUUAAAAUCCAAUGCAAA